AUGGCUCCAACUUCCUCAACAAGGAAGAGAGGAGGCCUCCAUUCCUUUCGUAGCAACCGGCAGCACGGGCAACGAAGGCGUAACCAACGACCCUUUAACUCCAAUUCCAGCAGCAGACGUGACGGGAUAGCAUCGUCAGCGAGAGAAUGCUCAGUUGUGGCGUAUACCGAGAACUCGAAUAGCGGAAUAUUAGACAGAUUGAGCCAAAUACAAGGCAAUAGGGGCCAACAGGACCAGGAUGAUGAGAAUGAAGAGCUGUGUCAUGUUGUGAUGGCUAUAGACAUGAAGGAGGCGGCCACUGUUGGUUGUUGUUAUUAUAUUGCAGACGAGCAGAAGCUAUAUCUUCUCGAGGACAUUACCUCUGGGGGCCUUGAGGCAAUUGAGGCGUUAAAACUUGAUGUUGAACCAACGCUUGUUCUCCUAUCAACUAGGGCCGAUCAAAACACAAGCAGUUUUGGACGAAAUGGGCAAGAUGGCCAUGCGGCGGACAAUGAUGACCAGUUCAAACUGCCUUAUCACCUCGACGUCCGCCCAGUGCAGGAGUUUAAUUUCGAGGGCGCAAAACUCAAACUUGCAAACCUUCGACCUGAUACAAGUAGGGACGAUACCCGAUUCCUAGUGCCCGGUGAUACUUUCUCGCCGAGCAGAAAUGGAGACGAGAACGAUUUAGGGUUUACUGAUCAUCAAGGAAAGCUACUACACCUUUCUGGCUCUAUCGAUAUGGAUAACCAUAUUUCUAUCGGGUGCGCCGGCGCUCUCAUAACCCACCUACAGAGAAAACUAGCAGCGGAAUGCCUAGCAAGGGAGGGCGCUGGGGACAAGUUGUUGAACAUUAAAUCUGUUGAAAUGAGGACUCUAAAGGAUACAAUGUUUGUUAAUACCGAUACGCUCACUUCACUCCAAAUAAUCCAAUCGGAGUCUCAUCCAAAUGUAUUCAACCAAGGACCUGGUAAGAACUCCCCUGGAGCCAAAGAGAGCCUGUCAAUAUAUGGCCUAUUCCACCAUUUUGCUAGGACACCGCAAGGGAGGGCUCGUCUAAGGCAAAGGUUUCUCCGUCCCAGCACGGAUGAAGCUCACAUAAAGGAGGGACAUGACUUUAUCAGCACAUACCUACGUCCCGAUAACAGUGAGGCCAUUGAAAAACUCACCAAGAGUUUGAAAGGGAUCAAGAAUUUGCGCCCAGUGAUGGUCCAUGUACAAAAGGGUAUCAGUUCCGGAAAUGCAAAGUUCAAAGCUUUCAAGAGUGGAGUUUGGGCAACGCUGUUGGAGGUCUGUACCUGGGAAUCGUGGCAUGUGGGCACUCGAGAAGCUAGACGUGACUGUCCUACACCAGGUGGAAGAAUAAUUCAUGAAACGGGAGUAAUGUCUUCCUUUCUGAUCCGUAGCAGGUCGAUUUACAAAAGCUCGAUUGAAGAGCACCGGACUGUGGUUAAGCCGAGAGUGGACCCCGAGCUGGACGAUCUGAAAGAGACGUAUAAUGGCUUAGACAGCUUGCUCAACCAAGUAGCCAUAAAUAUUGCUGGUACUAUCCCCAGUAGGCUUAGUAACGAUGUUAACGUCAUUUACUUUCCCCAACUUGGGUUCAACAUUGCUAUGCCAUUGGAUGAAAGAGGUCGCCCUGUUUACGAUGGCGGAGAGAAACCGUGGGAACAGGGGGCUAGUUUAUACAAGCUUGUACGACCGCAGAUGAUGCAACACAACAGUAUCGUAAUUAAGGGUGGACGACAUCUUUUGCACGAAGUUACCGUUCCUACGUUUAUCCCAAACGAUACUUUAAUUGUCGGCGGAAAUGGAAGGGAAAGAUCCCCUCCAAACACAUCGUCUCUAUCACUAGACACUUCAGUUGGGGUUGCUGACACUGAGGGACCGAGCAUGAUACUACUGACUGGACCCAAUUACUCCGGCAAAAGUGUUUAUCUGAAACAGGCCCAAAGCUCCUUUAUGAUUGACCUACAGCAGGUAUCCUUCGCGUUAGUCCUUGCAACAGAACGCAGCCUGGUGAUAAUCGAUGAAUUUGGCAAGGGAACGGAAUCAACUGGUCUCGCUUGCGGGCUGUUCGAAUAUUUACUCAGUCAAGGUGAGAAGAGGCCAAAGGUACUUGCCGCAACGCACUUCCAUGAGAUAUUCGAGAACGGGUUUCUACCCCCAAGGAAAGAGCUUGGUUUUGGGUAUAUGGAGGUGCAAAUAGAUCCGGCUGCGAGAGACAUGGAGAAUGAGGUCACCUAUCUAUACAAGUUGCGUACCCCUCCCCUUUUCCGAUGUGGACGGAGCAAUGCGAGUUUUGGGACAAACUGUGCGCUGUUAAGUGGCAUCGAUCCAGCCAUAAUCUCGAGAGCAAACGAGAUUGGCACCCUCGCUGCCCGCGGUGAAGACCUGGUCGUCAUUUGCGCAAAGAUGUCUGUGGACGAAAUAGAGGAGCUUGGAGAAGCGGAGAGUAUGGCCAGGAGGUUCCUUGGAGCGGAUUUUUCACGUCAACCUAAUAAUUCCGGUGUCGAUAGUGGGAAUAACAAUGAACGACCAGAAGUUUUACUAGAAAAUAUCAUUAGUAAGGGUUAUGACAACACGGUAGUAAUAGGAUGA